AUUUCAGAUUGUCAUUUUCAAUGUAGUUUCCUAAACACGGGGCUGGUUUGAAAACGCCAAAGAAUCAAGUAUUGUGCAACGAUUUCAAGAAAAAUUUCGCUACAGAUAGUCUAGUAGAGUAUAUUUCAAAUUUUAAGUGAUUUAAAUUUCUAUUUCGUAUUAGGUCUCUCCAUCACCACAUAAAAACACAGAACACAACAAAACGAAAUGGGUAAGUGCUCCAUAGCAAAUGUCACUGUCAAGAUGACGUUUAUACAUGUGCGAUAUGUAUGCACCGUGCUAUAAAUGCAAAUUGUAAAUACGUGGAUAUUUGAAAGGAAUGUUUUAAGUUUUUCAACAAUAUUUGUUAUAAAUUUUGUUGUGAUACGUGCCCAGUUUACAAAUAAACAUUAAAAAAAAUGCUCUAGUCUAGGUACAGUCAUUAAUUAAGUGGCAAAUAUAGUUUUAAAAAGCAAUAAAAUGGAGGAAACAUCUAUGUUGUUAGCUUUGGUCAUUGUGAUGCUUGUUGGCUCUUUUCUGGCCGGUUCCAUUCCAUUAUUUUUCACUUUUUCUGAGGACAAGUUGCAGAAAAUAACAGUAUUUGGUGCAGGGCUUCUUGUUGGCACUGCUUUGACUGUCAUCAUACCGGAAGGGGUGCGAUCUCUGAUAACAAAUGGAUUACCUCCUCAUGCCCACAACCAGUCUGAGUCUAUUGAGCACAGUGACCCAUUGUCUGUGAUAGGAAUAAGCUUAGUUUUAGGAUUCAUUUUUAUGCUCAUGGUUGACCAGAUCUCUCAGAGCAGGAAUGAAAAUCUGAGUCCAUCUGAUAGGAACAUAACAGCCACAAUAGGCCUUGUAGUUCAUGCAGCUGCAGAUGGUGUGGCAUUAGGUGCAGCUGCUACAACGAGUCAUGCUGAUGUGGAAAUCAUCGUCUUUCUGGCAAUAAUGCUUCAUAAAGCGCCGGCAGCUUUUGGUUUGGUCACAUUUCUUUUACAUGAAGGCAUUGAUAGACAAAGGAUUCGGAAGCAUUUAUUGAUAUUCUCUUUAUCAGCACCUGUUUUGACUUGCCUAACAUAUUUUGGAAUUGGACAAAAGCAGAAGGAAACACUAAGUUCUUUAAAUGCAACAGGUAUUAGAUUUAUAUAAAGCCCUCCAGCUUAGGUUACAUUAGGAAAAGUUGCGUUCUUUGAGGUGUAUUUACAUGUCAUAAAAAUUUCGUGGGUUACUGAGAUAUUUGGCUUAACUUUAUUUUUUAUAUGGUCCGAAAAAAGUACACCCUGUAUCUGAUAGCAUUUUUUUCUGCG